AAUCAAAAAAACCGCAACUCCCCAAGCCAAAAUUGUAUUUGUGGCAUUUUUGUGCAAAAUUUGAACUUCAUUUUCUCAUUCAAUUUAAUAUAUUACUUUCCAUUAGCAGUUGCUCAAUCAAUGAUUCAUGACCUAUUAUUUCAUACAAAUAAUCUGAAGCACCAGCAUAGCACAAGCAAAUCCAAUUACAAAACCCUCGCUAACAACAACAACUUGGAAUCUGUAUAUUCAACAUAUUACUUGCAGAAGAAAUUGAGCGAUCUCAAGCAAAAUACACAGCAUCAUAAAGAACUUUUCUGUUAUCACCUUUUCGGGCUGAUCAGUUUUCUAAUUUUCAACAACACAAUUACCCUCACUUUGGUUUGAGCUGAAAUUGCUAACAAAAAUAGCGGAGGGUAAGCAGAUCUUUCAGUGAGAAAAAGUGUAUCAC